AUGCUCAGCCUCUUUCUUUCCUUUGCUAUACUUGCCGCUGCUUCGAUCACAAUUCUUGAUUCCAGUGACUUUGCCGACCUUCUAGGAGAUGCAUCAGACAAUGCCCUCAAAACAGACUGGGAUUAUUCUCCUUUAUCCUAUCAAUCAUAUGCCAUCACGGGGCCUUAUGUUUACAACAACACAGACGUUAGUAUAUCUCAGAAGACUUUGUCUGUUUCUUCAAAUGACACCAGCGUGGUUGUGAUUACAGAAUAUUCCUCUGUGAAUAUUUCUGAUUCAACAAUCAUCAAACAUGGCUAUUCAAGCGACUUAUACCAGUCAAGCUUUUAUGGGCUCAACGCUGCAGUUAACGUGGCCAAUAUGUCAGUUACAUAUCUUGAAAACAUUAAUGUUACAGUUCACAAUGGAGCUGCGAAUGUAUAUGUCUAUGGGAAUGGCUCAUAUGCAUAUAUCUCGGAUUCCUCUCUAUAUAGUUCUGGACCCGUGUCCCAUGGACUUUAUGCGGCCGGCUAUGGCACUGUGGUAGGGAAGAAUCUUCAGCACUACUCCGGAGCCUACCGAUCCUCCUCUUUCGCCGGAGACAGUCCGAAAGGUUAUGUAUACGUCUUUGAUUCUAUUGCACAUACGGCAGGAAUCGGCAGUGCUAUCUUCUAUGGCCAAGGAACAGUUUAUGCGAAAAACAUUAUUGGCUUUGCUCAAAAGGCACCAAUUGCUUUCCUCGAUGGUGCACAAAUCAACAUACAUGAGUCAGAUUUGACUGCAGGGCUCCUUGCUGGCGCUGUCAUUUUCUCAUCUGGAACUAGGGAAUCUGGUUCUCAGAUCAACUUCACCAAUUCCCGUAUCGGUGUCCUUCCAAAUGAUGGAGCAGGACUAUGGUUUGGAAAUGUGAUUGCAAGUGCAGCUCUCACUCGCACUCAAAUUAACACCACCUCUGGGAUCCUUGUUAUCGCGAACUAUUCACAGGUGACGCAGGAUUUCAGCUACUUUGCGGAUUCCACUGCUCCAGCUGAAGUUACCAUCACUAUUUCGGAAUCAGACCUCGAAGGGGAUAUAGUUGCUUAUAAUGGAAGUUCAAUUAGCUGGAACCUGUCAAAUCAUUCCUCUUGGAUUGGUAGGGCAUACUCUGGCUAUGGAACUGUCUCCUUUUCUGUUUCCCUCGACGCUACCUCUUCCUGGACUUUGACUGGACAUACGGAAUUGACAAACUUUUCAAAUACAGACACCACCCUAAGCAAUGUCCAUAGCUCAGGAUAUAAUCUGUACUAUAACUCCAGCAUAGCCGAUAAUCGCUGGCUGCAGGGGACGACAAAAAGACUUUCCGGUGGGGGUUUCUUGAUGCCGACAAAACAAAGGAAUUAA